GGGCACCUUAAUGAGUGACCAAAUUCAAACAAAGUAGAAUAAAAACCCUAGCGGCCCCAUUCCUUUCUUUCCCUCUCUGUUCCGCCUUCUAUUUUCACCUUCCACCUCACCACCACCAUCAUGCUGGGUUGAGUGUGGGGAACGAGAGAAUGGGGAAAGUGUCGCCGAAGGAGAAGACGAAGAGGGUUAAGGGGAGGAGGCAGUCACGGAGCUCCGGGAACAAGUACCUGAGGCCGGGGACUCUGGCUCAGCUUCGCUGCUCCAAGCCUGCAGGUUCGGCUUCUGCUGCGGGAAAGUGUUGCUGCACCGAUCUCGGGAAGAAGAGGGUGGCGGUGUUGCAUGCCAGGAAGAGAGCAAAGGGGCAUGAAGAGAAUGCCAGGGUUUUCGAUAAGAGUCCUGUGAUGCUGUCGCCUGUCAAUUUGGUUAGCCACGGUGCUGGUUUCGUCGGAACCCCCAAAACCCCUCGCCUCGACGAUUCCCUUUCUGAAUCCAAGCUCGAGUCUCUCCCCAUGGAAUUGCUGGUUAAAAUACUGUGUCUCCUUCACCACGACCAACUGAGAGCUGUCUUCCAUGUUUCUCAGAGAAUUAGGAAAGCUGUUAUGAUUGCAAGACAAUUUUACUUCAAUUAUACUACUCCAGAUCGCUCUCGGCAAGAGAUGUUAAGCACAAUGACUCCUCGUCCUACUGAGCAUUGGCCUUUUUUGUCCAAGGGUGAUGGGAAGGGAGUGAGAGUUCCAAGUCCACACACACCUAAAGCACCGCGACAUGGGCCUCGACCUCCUUCUCGCUUAAAAGUUUCUGAGAUGCGGCAGGUUGCAGCUGUUCUUUUCCCAGAGUCAGCUUUUCCUUCCCGUUGUUUGGUGCCAUCAGUUAUACCAAGGCCCCUAUACAAAUCUUUGGCAUCCAAUAGAGUUCUCUUCUAUGAAGAUGAGCUUUGCCAGGCAGUUGCUCAGAAUAAACUUCGCUGAUGCAACUGCGUCUUCAAUUUCAUUUUGCUCACCGCCUCAUACUCAUGUCCUCUGCUGUGUAUAUUCUCUUUCGGUCUCUACUCUCAAGUGAAUUUUAGAAUAGUUGAAAUGCAAUUUUGUAGUCUGUCUUGUGGCAGUGUAGGUGGUGUGGAUAUUUCAUAUAUGUCUAAAUAGAUGCGGAGGGUUGGCGAUGGUUGUGGUAAGUAAUAAUAUUAUUAUAGUCAUUACUUGUAUAGGGUUUGUAUGCUGAAACAAUUGAAGGAUCUUUCAUAUUAGUAGUAGUGUCAAAGGUAGUGCCCUAUUACCUUCAUCGUUGCUUCAUUGCAAUGGAUUUGUUGGAAUCUAUUGACAAGUAGUUUUGUCAAA